AUGACGGAGCUCCACGAGGCUGUAGCUUUGGGGGAUUACGACCUAGUGGAGGAGAUUUUGAAGAAAGGGCGCUGCGAUCCAAAUCACAAGGAUGUCGACUGGAAUGAUAAGACCCCACUGCACUGGGCUGCUGCAAUAGGGCAAUCGGAGCUGGUUAAGCUGCUUGUGGAUCACGGGGCUCGGCCUUGCUUGCGAAACGACGCGGGCUGGACGGCGGCUCACUUCGCUGCCGAGUCCGGACGGCUGGGUGUGCUUCGCACCCUUCAUUCCUUGCACGCCGCCAUGGAUGCGGCCGAUCUCUUCGGCGAUACUCCCAAGAGGCUCGCGGAGAUCUACGGGCACAAGGACUGCUUCAAGUUCUUAGAAACAGCGGAGGUGGAGAGCAGAAACUAUCGCCAGAUGGCCUCCAUGAAAGGAGUCCGCUUAGACCAAAAGGAUGAAGACUGGGAGCUCAAGAAAGAAGAGCUUGAGAGAAACUCGCUGAGCGCUCAGAACUACACACUCUGUGCUCAAAAGAAACAUAGGAAGAAGAGGGGGAAGCAGUAG